AUGCCAUUCUCCAUCGCUUCUUUAUUAGAGGCCGCCCUGGCGUCAGAGCUCAUCUACAUUUACAUCACGACAUUGCUACUCAGUGCCAUCCUGACCAUUCGGCCCGUUCGACGGUGGAUCUUCACACUAGGGAACUUCAUCAGAGAACUGGAGCUCAUAGAAAUCAUGACACUCAUUACCCUCGUGACUCCGCUAGCCCUCAAUCUUUACAUGGUCGCAGUCCUCUGGAAUCAUGAAAAAACACUCACAGAAAUCGAUCAAAUCGAUGGGUUCCAUAAAAUUGUGAAAGUUUGCGAAGGGCUUGUUGAUCCCAGCGUGAAAGGUUCCGUCGGCAAGAUUCCCUGUACGCUGGAUUAUGCCCAAAUGCAGAAACUGCUAGAAGGGAGCAUGGGAGAUUUCUUCGUUGCCGAGAAGGGACACCACGUUGAUGCGGAAGGGAAGGUCCUGGUAGAGAUUGGGGUUUUUGCUAUGAUCAAGGAUUGA